UCAGUGUGAAAUGCUAGCAAAUCUGCGUCGCCGAAAUCUUAUCAAAGUCAUCAGUUGCUGCAGUCAAAUUGAUUUCAAAGCCAUCGUAUUGAAUUACAUUCCUAAUGGGCUAGGGAGCCUCGAAAAGUGGUUGCACCAUGCGGACUUUUCUUUGAACAAUUUGUAGAGGUUGAAUAUAAUGAUGGAUAUGAAUCACCUUCAUCAGGGUUAUGAAUCACCUGAUGUACAUUAUGAUUUAAUUUGAAGCCAAGCAACAUACUACUAGAUGAUGAUAUGGUUGCAAAUGUUUCUGAUUUUGGCAUUGCAAAACUCUUAGGCGGAAGAGAUUCUAUGACUCAAACCAUGACCCUUGCGACAAUUGGAUAUAUGGCUCCAGAGUAUGGAAUGGAAGGAAUGGUUACUACAAGAGGGGAUGUGUACAGUUUUGGUAUUGUGCUUCUGGAAACAUUCACAAAAAGGAAGCCAACAGAUGAGAUGUUUGACGGGGAAGUGAGUUUAAAGAAACGGGUGGCAAAUUCACUAUUUGCAGAUGUAAUAGUUGAAGUUGUUGAUGGAAGUUACUUGGGAUUGAAGAAGAUGAGCUUUUGUCAGCAAGAGAGAGUACUUACCAACCAUUAUGAGAUUUGCUCUUGCUUGUUGUGUAGAAUCACCGGAAGUAUGCAAGAGGCUCUAGCCACCCUGAACAAAAUCAAGAUCAAGUUUUUGAUGGAUGCUGCAGGAGGUCUCCUGUUGAACCAUCGUCUUAUUGCUGCCCUUUGA